UUGGCGGAGUCCUGGGAGCGCGCACGUCCCGGAGCCCGCGCCAGUGCAACCUGGUGACCGCGCACGCCGGAUAGCCGCGGUUGGCGUGGCAGGACGCGGGGUUCUGAGGCGCAGGACCCAUGUGGAAGCUGCUCCCGGCCGCUGCUGCGGCCCCAGGAGAACCAUGCAGACUUUUGGCUGGCGUAGAGUACAUUGUUGGAAGGAAAAACUGUGCCAUUCUAAUAGAAAAUGAUCAGUCAAUCAGCCGAAACCAUGCUGUGCUAACAGUAAACUUUCCUGUAACCGCCUUGAGUCAAACAGAUGAAAUUCCUCCAUUAACGAUAAAAGAUAAUUCUAAAUAUGGAACCUUUGUUAAUGAGGAAAAAAUGCAGAAUGGCCUUUCCUACACUUUGAAGACAGGAGAUAGAGUUACCUUUGGGGUGUUUGAAAGUAAAUUCAGAGUGGAAUAUGAGCCUUUAGUUGUUUGUUCUUCUUGCUUAGACAUCUCUGGGAAAACCGUUUUAAACCAAGCUAUACUACAGCUUGGAGGACUUACUGCAAGCAACUGGACAGAAGAAUGUACUCACCUGGUCAUGGCGUCAGUCAAAGUCACCAUUAAAACUAUAUGUGCACUCAUUUGUGGACGUCCAAUUGUAAAGCCAGAAUACUUUUCUGAAUUUCUCAAAGCAGUUGAGUCUAAGAAACAGCCUCCAGAAAUUGAAAGUUUCUACCCACCCAUUGAUGAGCCAGCUAUUGGAAGUAAAAGUGUUGAUCUGUCAGGACGACAAGAGAGGAAACAAAUCUUCAAGGGGAAAACAUUUGUAUUUUUAAAUGCCAAACAGCAUAAGAAAUUGAGUUCGGCCGUUGUUUUUGGAGGCGGGGAAGCCAGGCUGAUAGCAGAAGAAAAUGAAGAAGAUGAGAGUUUCUUUUCAGCUCCUGGAACAUGUGUUGUUGACAUAGGAAUAACAAAUACACAAAUAAUAAUUACUAACUCCCAGAAAACAUGGAUUCAGUUGAUAAUGGACACCCUUCAAAGGCAUGGUCUUAGACCUAUUCCUGAAGCAGAAAUUGGACUGGCUGUUAUUUUUAUGACUACGGAGAAUUACUGUAAUCCUCAGGGCCAGCCUUGUACAGAAUUAAAAACCACAACUCCAGGACCAAGCCUUUCCCAAGGCUUGUCAGUCAAUGGAAAAACAAUGCCAAGUGCUCCUGUGAAUAUGACAGCAUAUGUAGCUGACACAGAAUCAGAGCAAGCAGAUACAUGUAUGUCUUUGAGUGAAAGACCAAAAGAAGUGAGGACUCCUGGAGAGGAACAAACUGUUAGAAAGCUUUCACAGGAAACUUGCAGCAUGAAGGAGGCCCUCAAGUCCAGCUCCAAGGCUAAUAAUGUGGUAUCAAAUACCCUGGUUAUGGGGAAGAACCCAGACUAUCAGCUUUCCCCAGUGAGAUUCCCUGCUGCUAAUAGAAAUAGAGAUUGGACUUCGCAGCAGCAGCAGCAGAACUCCAUCAAAAACUACUUCCUGCCGUGCACCAAAAAGAGAGAAAGGGAUGAAGAAAUUCCUUCAAUGUCAUCGUCCAAAUCAUCAAGAAUGGAACUGUCUUGUUCUCUUCUAGAACAAACGCAGCCUGCUGCACCCUCACUGUGGAAAAGCAAGGCGCAUCCAUCGCAGAGUGAGCCUGUGGACAAGGAAGCAGACGGCUCAUUUGUGGUGGAUAGAGACAUAAAGCCCAAUGGGAAGAGUCCUGCCAGUAAAUCAUUUUCUACAGAAAAUCUUGGACCAAAAAAAAGAACAAUUGAUUUGGCCAUAGAAGAGGAAGCACUGGAAGAGUUACUCAAGAGUGCAGAGCCGGAGCUGGCAGUUCACAUGAAAGUUGAAAAGCAAGAGGCGGACGUCAGUGCCAGAAAAAAGCCACGGAUGGAUGUAGGAGAGAGUGGUCACCUUGGUGGUGACAGGGUACCAGAAAGCAACAGAAUAACUCAAGAAGAUGAAGCAGAAAAAAAAGUUGAACUCAAGAGAGAAUUACUGUGGUCCACAAAAGAUGAAACAGUUAACGGUGAUGAACUUCCAGACAGCAGUGAGCUGCUUCCAAGAAAAGUGCUACUAACUGAAUUUAGGUCAUUGGUGGUCAGUAAUUCCACUUCCAGAAGUCUGUGCAUGCUAAAUGAUUGUGGUCAACUGAAGAAUUUCAAGAAAUUUAAAAAGGUCAUGUUUCCUGGAGCAGGAAAGCUCCCACACAUCAUUGGAGGAUCCGAUCUCAUAGCUCAUCAAGCUCGAAAGAAUACAGAAUUAGAAGCAUGGUUGAAACAUGAAAUGGAGGUACAGAGACAACAAGCGAAAGAAGAGAGUCUCGCUGAUGAUUUAUUUAGAUAUAAUCCUAAUGUAAGAAGAAGAUAAUUGAACACAUUUCCUAGCAAACAUUUAUUUCAGACCAUCUGGGAUACAUGAAUGUAGUACAUAGAAAUUAUAAAUGCGUUAAGGCUUCAACCUAUUAAAUAAAGGGAAUAAACUCCA